UGUUUCCAACGCGCUUGAAGCAGAGACGACAAAUUGUGCGAAAGUCGACUUACCUAUCCCUAGGCGUCUAUCUAGCAAAGGAAAAAAUUUGGAGGAAAUUGUGUGAUUUUUUUAAAAUAAAUUUAAGAAAAGAAAAUUUAUUUAUUUUAAGUUAAAAGUGUUUGCAUUGAAUAUAUCCUAAUACCUAAACAAACAUUAUGUUGAGCCGUAAACGCCGCGCAAGUUCGAUUAGCAGUAAGAAUGACGAAGAACCUUUACAAAUGGACGACUCCACGCCGGAGAAAUCACCGGUAUUGGCAACUGCAUCAAAUUCCAUAAUUUCCUCCUUGACUGCGGUUCGUAAGAAACGCAAGCUAGAUCCAAGUGAAAUGUGUCAAUCACUGUACGAUUCAAUACGCAAUUUGAAGAAGGAAGAUGGCUCUAUGUUGUGUGACACAUUCAUAAGGGCACCAAAGAGACGCCAGGAGCCAUCUUAUUAUGAUGUGGUUAACAAUCCUAUUGAUUUAUUGAAAAUACAGCAGAAACUGAAAACGGAUGUUUAUGAAGACUUGGAUGAGCUUGUGCAAGAUUUCGAAUUGUUGGUUAACAAUGCAAAGGCUUUUUACAAGCCAGACACAAUGGAACAUCAAGAUGCCGUGGCACUGUGGCAGUACGUUACGGCAAACAAACAAAAACUACUUGAAUCUCUUGGUAUGGCAGAGGACGAACCAAAAAAUAAAAGAGGCCGACGACGUUUGACUUGCACAGCCGAUGAAGAUGGCGGCAGUAAAGAUGAUGAUAUGAAUUUAUAUGAAGAGUUGUUUGCAUCUGUAAUGACAUCUGUAGAUAGUACAAUGAAUGAUAGACCCUUACACCGAAUGUUUCUAUUAUUACCAUCGAAGAAAAUGUACCCGGAUUAUUAUGAUGUUAUUGAACAUCCCAUCGAUUUGAGAUUGAUUGCCACAAAGAUACAAACCAAUGCCUAUUCCAAUUUGCAGGAAAUGGAAAAGGAUUUGUUACAAAUGACGAAGAAUGCAUGCCAAUUUAAUGAACCUGGAUCACAAAUCUACAAAGAUGCCAAGACUUUAAAGAAAAUAUUCACUCAGAGACGGGUGGAAUUGGAAACGGCUAAAGUAAAGCUCGUAAAAAGGCCAAAAUCUUUAAUGAGCGCCGCCAUUGCUGCGCUCAAGGAAGAAGUUGAUAGUUCCGAUGACGAGGAGACGAGCAAAAAGGGAGAAGGUCCCAUGUGGGCACUGUUCGAUCAUCUUUAUAAUGCUCCCGGCUUCUCUGAACAUCCUGGAGCAACAGGUCCACCACUGGGUACAUCAUUGUGGAAAUUACCCAUACGCAGAUUCCAUCCGGAGUACUUUGAGCUUAUCAAACGUCCCAUAUCCAUGUGUCAAAUUCAUACCAAAUUGAAUAAAGGAGAAUAUGCCAAUAUAAGUGAUUUAACAGCCGAUCUGUAUCUAAUGCUUGACAAUGCCAAAAAGGCUUAUCCUCCUACACAUCGCACCCAUAAAGAUGCUGUGAAAAUGCUGAAACUAAUGAAUGCCAAAUUGGUAGAAGAUACUCCCGAUCAAGAUACCAGUGAAAUGGAGGAGGAGGAAGAGGAUGAGGACGCCGAUGAUGAUGAUGAAAGUGAACAGAAUACCUUGGUUGCGUCUGCAGGACCAACCCCGGAAAAGAGAAAAAAAGGACGUCCACGUCUGAAUCAAUCAGCCAAUAGCAGCACGUUAAAUGCAUCAGUGGUAGCUACACCUAAACCACAACGUAUGACCAUAACUCCACAGCUUAAGAAAAAGAUCUUGGCUCUACAUAAAUAUCUAUUGGACUUUUCAUUGGGUACUCGCAAGCCAAUUGAUUUAUUUAUGGAAAAGCCGCCACGAAAAAUAUAUCCCGACUAUUAUGAUGUCAUUCAAAAUCCCAUUGACAUGAAUACCAUUGAACACAAUAUACGGGCGGAUAAAUAUCGUGAUGUUGAAGAUGUUGUCGCCGAUUAUCGUUUGAUGUUUGCCAAUUGUCGUCAAUAUAAUGAAGAGGGUUCCAAUAUAUAUGAAGAUGCCAAUGUGUUGGAAAAGGCGUUGAAUGAAAAACUAUUAAAAGAUUUCCCAGGACUUAAUGAAAUCAAGAAACCAUUACAAAAACUAAAAUGUGGCAGACGUAGGGCAAAUAUACCAAUGGGUGAAAAGUUGUGGCAAUUCUACGAGUCUAUUCGGGAUUAUCAAGAGCCAAAAGGAAAACGUCAGCUAUCAUUAAUCUUUACAAAGUUACCAUCGAAAACUGACUACCCAGAUUACUAUGAUAUCAUAAAAGAGCCAAUUGAUAUGGAAAAGAUUGCUAACAAAUUGAAACAAGGUUCUUACGAGACAAUCGAUGAAUUGGCAGCAGAUUUCCUUUUGAUGUUGGAAAAUUCUUGUAAAUAUAAUGAACCUGAUUCCCAAAUUUACAAGGAUGCAUUAGUGUUGCAGCAAUUGACAUUGCAGCUGAAACAGAGUUUACGUAGUGCCGGUGAUACAGUACCUGAUGUGGGCUUGGCCGUACAAGAACUGUUAAUGUCUUUAUUCUCUUCUUUGUAUAAUCAUCAAGAUGAGGCGGGACGUUGUUAUUCAGAUUCUUUGUUGGAGUUACCGGAAUAUGAUGAAUUGCCAGGUGAUCAAAAGGUUCGUGGCAUAUCAUUGGAUGUGGUGAAACGUCGACUGUAUAAGGGUGUCUAUAAACGUUUGGACAUCUUCCAAGAAGAUGUCUUUGCCUGUUUGGAAAGGGCCAGAAAACUGUCACGCACCGAUUCGGAUAUAUUUCAAGAUUCUAUAGAGUUGCAGACAUUCUUUAUCAAGAAGAGAGACGAAGUUUGUCGCGACACAUUGAGUAGCCCUGCAUUGAGCUACACUCUCGAUAAGAUGAUGGCUGAAGUGGAAUUAUUAAAGCAACAAAAAUCCUCUCAGGAGGAACAAGAUCAAGAUGAUAAAGAGGACGUAGAUAGAGCUGCUAUGCAAGGGGAAAGUAUGACAUUUAACCAAAAAGUCUUCUCCCCCGGAGAUUUUGUAUACUUUACCCACAAUGAACAUAAAUCUCUGAGUAUAGCGUACAUUGAACGCCUUUGGACCACCGAGGAUGAUAAAAAAAUGAUGUAUGGUUCAGUGUUUUUGAGUCCUCAUGAGACAUACCAUGUUCAGACAAGAAAGUUCUUUGAAAAAGAAGUAUUCAAGAGCAGUGUUUCACAGAAUAUACCCAUGGAAAGGGUACAGGGUAAAUGUUAUGUAAUGCACAUUAAGGACUAUAUCAAAGCUAAACCUGAAAACUUUGAUGACAAGGAUGUCUUUGUGUGUGAAUCUCGUUAUCAUGUACGUUCACGGUCAUUUAAGAAAUUCAAAAACUGGCCAUUUGUUCGAGAGAAUGACCCUGUGAAGCUUACACCACGCGAUAAGCCCAUCGAAAUCAAACGAGUUAUGUCGGUGUUCAAGGAACGUGUAGAGAAACACAAGGGUGAACUGGAGGAGUUGAAAAUGCAGGAGUCAUUGGUGGAGAAAGAAAAACCCAAUGUAGCCUGUGACCCUCCACCAAAUGCUGAGCCCAAUGCUGUGUACUAUCAGCAGUUCAACACCAUUUGCAGCGGUGUUGUUAAAACGGGUGAUUUUGUUUAUGUGGCUACCCAAGGAGGUAAACAAUCGAUUGCCCAAAUUCACCAAAUCUGGGAACAGAACAAUAAGUCCUAUUUUAAGGGGCCUUGGUUGUUAACGCCAAGUGAAAUUCAACCACCACUGCCAACACAGCCACCAUUUGGCAAACAAUUCUAUCGUCAAGAGUUAUUGCUCUCCACAGUUGAAGAAGCCAGUCCCAUCAUUAGUAUUGUCGGACGUUGUGCUGUCUUGGAAUAUCAGGAAUACAUAACCUGCCGUCCCACCGAAUUUGUAGAAAGUGAUGUUUAUAUUUGUGAAGCAGCCUACGAUGAGCUAAGGAAAUCUUUGCGUAAAUUUAACCUACCAAAUUCAUUGCGAAAAUUCAUUCACAGCGCUGAAGUGACACAAGAUGAAAUUCUCUAUUUCAAAGUACCCAUUAAACCAUCGAAGGAUGUUAAGAAUGGAGAUUUAAAUGAAAGUUUGGGUAUUAUGGAAGAUUCUAUGGAUGGUAAUCCUCCUUCGGUUAGUUCGGAUAUUGUUACAACAUCAUCGCCGGCACCAUCGGUCUCGUCAACUCCCCUGUCAUCUAAGAAAACUAAGACGACAAAGAAAAGUCUUACUGGCUACAUCCUCUAUUCGAGUGAGCACAGGAAGGGUAUUUGUACCGCAAAUCCCGAUGCUUCGUUCGGUGACAUUUCCCGCAUGGUCGGUAACGAAUGGAAAAAUCUACCAGCCAGUGUCAAACAAGCCUGGGAAGAUAGGGCUCAACGCAUUAACGAAGAAACAAAAGCCCGUUUUGAGCUCAUGGAAGAAACUCUAUCCAUGAACAACUGUGCCAGCCCUGGUCCAAAUCAAGGUGGCGACAAUCAACAGGUCGGCCUUACUUUUGAGUGUCAUUGGGACAAGUGUGACUAUCAGUUUGAAGAUUCAGUCGAUUGUAUGGAACAUUGCAUAGCCGAUAAUACAGGGCACGUCCAACGAACGGCCUCACAGCAAACUGAAUCAGAGUAUUAUUGCCAAUGGCGUAAUUGUAUACGCAUGAAAAAGAAUUUACAAGCUUUUCCAUCGCUGGUAAGGCUUAUCAAACAUGUGCGUGAAGUACAUUUAACUAAAUGUAGUAAGCUUGUAAUGCCCAAUGAACGAAGCAAAAACUUUGUGCCUCGUAAGUCCAAAACAGUACAAUUUGCGCCCCAACAACAGCAACAACAAAUGACCACUAAUGUAAAUCCAAUGGUGGUCAAUGCAAGUCAUUCCCCACGUGGCGUUGAGCAACAUCACUAUACGUAUCAACCGCAAAUAUUUGCACCUCCUCCAGAGCCAUUGUUUGUCACAGUGCCGCCACGACCACAACGUGUUUUACACUCGGAAGCUUAUAUCAAAUAUAUUGCCUCCUUGCAAGGUACAACCCAUCAACAGAAUGCCCAAAACUCGGCCAAUUGGAAGAGAGCGUUGACACCGGUAACACCGGCUGAUAUAACAAAGCCCAAGAAUCUCUUGCCGUCCCAGUGGUUGGGGCGCUUUGCUAGCAGUAAUGCUGACGAUGUUGUCAGAGCCCUGUGUCACAUGCGCAAUUACAUGAUGAACGAUGUAUUGCAGAUAGAACGUACAUUGGAUAGUUUUUAAGAAUAUGACCUUUUUCUCUCUUACACUUUUUAUCUUUUUUCUGGAUAAGCGUACAAUUUUGAUAAUUGAUUACUUGUAGUUUUAAGUAUAUUUUUUGAAAACAUUUGUAUUAUGAGAUGUACAUGUUAUGUAUUUAAAACAUAUUACCGCUAUAUGUAUGUAUUUGUACAG